AUAGAAAGGGAAAUUCGACAUCGGCAGUCGUGUGUUGAUGGCAAAACAUAAUAUAUAUUUUACAGCAUCCCUCUCAGUUAAACGACAUGUGGGCAACCAUUUUACACCAAAGGCACGUGGUAGACUUUUCAUCAGUUAAAGUGAACACCGCAUAUCUAGUUUCUUCUAAAAUAAAUUGAAAACGGAAAUUACUUCCAGUCUUACAGGAUAUGACUGUAAACAAAACACUAUAGGAAGAAAUAUAAACAGCUAUAUAUAUACAAUAUGGCGGGGUUCAAAGAAGCCCCCGUACUCGUGAAAGUUUUCUUUCUCUUCCUGACGGCGGGAUUCUGGCUACAUCUCAUUGGAUUUGCGACAUCUUACUGGUCGCAUAGUGAGUUUGUGACUGUCGGGCUAUGGAAGGCUUGUUACCGUGGAUACGAGUGUACAAAAACUACCUAUACUACAAGUUACUUUGAGGCGACCCAGGCGUUCGAGUCCCUGGCGUUAGUGGCAGGAUUUAUCGGUCUCCUCUUACUUGCCUUUUACAUAUUCAUCAACCAAUCAUCUAGCAACAUUUCACUAUUCAUCGCCAGUCUCGUUGCCGUGGCGUUUGCAGCUUGCUGCGGAAUACUGGGCGUGAUUAUUUAUGGCUGCAAGACGUCACUUCCGCUUUCAUGGUCGUACGCGUUAGCGGUGAUCGGUGGAAUAUUUUAUGGAAUUUCGUCAAUACUUAUGGCAGUGUAUCUUCUUCAGAAAUGCUAACUAAAACAAAAGUCAUCAAAGUGAUGACGAAAAGUGCCUUAAAAAACUUAAAUCCUA